GAGAGGAAGGGAGGAGGAUCUCUUCAUUCUUCUGAGCAUUUAUCCAAACUUUUUCCAACAGGAAUCUUUCCAUCCUUCCAUGAACCAGUUACUGCUAUGAUUCCUCAUGUUCCUGAAAGAACAAAGGCAACACCGGCUCCAAGUGAAAAACAAUUCAUUCAUACCAAACCAAAAAACCUGAAAAACCAAGAGUGCCACACACCAAACCUGCAAUACAUCAAACAACCCCACAACCACUUAUUACAAAAUCUUCUACUACCACUGAGCAGUCAAGGGCAACAAUGGCUCCAAAAGAAACACUGCUCGUUCCUUCCAAACCCAAAACAUCUGUUGAGCCAGAAAUACCACAGACUAAACCUGUUCCCAAUGAAACAUACCAGAUUUCACCCAAACCUAAAACGGCUCUUGUAACUGAAAUUCCACGGUUACAUACAGCGGCAUAUAAAACACGUCUCACUUCUGCAAGACCAAAACCAUCUGAUAAAUCACAGACCAGACCUGCUCUUAGUAAAACUACACUAGCACCAGCUAGAACAAAAUCACCUGGCUUGCCAAAGUGGAUUGUGCCAACAACAGGUAGAGCUGUUUUUUUGUGUGCUUUGUUUGUUUGUUUGUUUUUAAGAUAUUAGCAAAAACACACGAAU